AUGGCGACAAUGUCCAUCGUCUAUCCUCUGUGCGAGAGCUCCAAAAAAAAGAAGCAUAUACAAAUGAAAUGAGAUUCGAAGCUCAUUGCAAACCUAGGAGCAAGCAACUCCCGAAAGCGAAGGCGACGUUGACUGCCGCCGGCUGCCACCGCCAGCAACACUCAGCUUCGAGAGCUCGUCGACAGGGUCAACACCAUCCAUGGAGCUCGCCGCGCUGCUCCUGCUUGUCCCCUUCCUUGUCGCCGGCCUCCUCUACCUCGGGAAGAAGGACGGCGGGGUCGACGCGCGGCGCCUCCCUCCGGCUCCUCGGGGCCUGCCCGUCAUCGGCAACCUGCACCAGGUGGGCGCGCUCCCUCACCGCGCCCUGCGAGCGCUCGCAGCUGCCAACGGCGCGCCCCACCUCCUGCGGCUCCGCCUCGGCCAGGUCCCCGCGCUGGUCGCCUCCUCGCCGGCCGCGGCCGCCGAGCUCAUGCGCGCACAGGACCACGCCUUUGCCACGCGCCCCUACUUCCGCACCGCCGAGAUCCUCACCUACGGCUUCCGGGACCUCGUGUUCGCGCCCCACGGCGAGCACUGGCGCCACGUCCGCCGGCUCUGCUCCGAGCACGUCCUCAGCGCCGCCCGAUCGCAGCGCCACAACGCCAUGAGAGAACGGGAGGUGACCGCCCUGGUCCAGGCCGUCGCCGACCACGCUUAUUCGCCUGCCGCGGCGGUGGUCGACGUGAGCGGGGCGCUGUACCGGUUCUCGAACGACGUGGUCAGCCGGGUGGUCUCGGGGACUAGGCUGUCGAGAGAAGAGGGAGGGAGGAGCGAGCUGUUCAGGGAGCUGAUCGAGGAGAACACGGCUCUGCUGGGCGGGUUCUUCGUCGGGGACUACUUCCCGGCUCUGGCGUGGGCGGACGCGCUGCUGUCCGGCGGCGGCGCGAGGGCGUGGAGGAACUUCAGGCGGUGGGACGAGCUGCUGGAGAAGGUGGUCGUGGAGCACGAGGAUGAGAGGAGCAGGCGUGGGGGAGGUGGCGACGCCGGCAUGGAGGAGGAGGACUUCGUGGACGUGCUGCUGGCUCUGCGGGAGCACGGACAGGACGGGUUCGAGCUGAGCAGGGACAUCAUCAAGUCGCUCUUAGCGGACAUGUUCGCGGCGGGAACGGAGACGACCUACAUCGCGCUGGAAUGGGCCAUGUCGGAGCUGAUGAGGAACCCCGCGGCAAUGCGGAAGCUAGAGCACGAGGUCCGCAGAGCCGCCGCCGCACCGGCCGGCGGCAUUGCCAAAGCCGACGCGCUCGGCGCGGCCACGCCCUACCUGAGGGCGGUCGUGAAGGAGACGCUCCGGCUCCACCCGCCGGUGCCGCUGCUCCUGCCCCGGGAGUGCAUGCAGGACGCCACCGUGAUGGGCUACCACGUCGCCAAGGGCACGCGGGUGUUCGUCAACGCCUGGGUCAUCAACCGCGACCCGGGCUCCUGGCACGCGCCCGAAGAGUUCCUCCCGGAAAGGUUCUUGGAGAGCGAGGUGGACUUCAGGGGCGGGCACUUCGCCUUCAUACCGUUCGGCGCCGGGCGGAGGAUCUGCCCCGGGAUGCAGUUCGGGCUCGCGACCGUGGAGCUUGCGCUCGCCAACCUGGUGCGCCUGUUCGACUGGGAGCUGCCGGACGGCAUGGCGCCGGAGGAUCUCGACAUGUCAGACGCGCCGGGGCUGACCACCCGGAGGCGGGUGGGCCUCCGGCUCGUCGCGAGGCCCGUUCGGGUGGGAUCAUGAAACAGAAGUAGGCCCAGCAAGCAAUGUCGCAAAACUAACAGAGUUCAUGAUUCAAUCCCUAAAAUUGUCUUAAAAAAAGAAUGAAUCUCUAAAAAACCCUAAAUAAAAGAGAGAGAACGAAUCCAUAAAAAAGGGGUAGAGUUCACCAGUGUGACCGGUGAGACAUCUGUAUGUUGUUGUAGCAUAUAGUAAUAAUAAGCACGUGUAGUUUGUUUAUGUAAAAAAAAUGUAGUUGUGUACUGCCGUAAUAAAAUGGCAAAGGAAAGAAAAAUAACUGUUUGGAAUUUCGGU